AAAUCUACUACAACAUUCUAUAAACUAAAAAUUAUUAAUUAUUUUUAUGGUUAUUGAAAUCAAUUGUAUUUUGAAUAAUAUCAAAAAAUAAUCCUAAUAAAUCUUGAAAAUGUUAAAUCAAAUUAAUGCACUCAGAAAAUAAAAAAGAUUAUUUUUUCAAUAAUAAGAUGUGUUUAGGUUUUUUUACAAAAAAAAAAAAAAGAUGUGUUUAGGUAAAAGUGCAAAUUUUAAGAAGUACUAUUACAUUUUUAUUUUAAAGUAUAACCACCAUUUAACGUUAAAUAUACAACAUUUAACCAAUUAUCAAAUAAAUUUAAUAUUUGCAUAUAAAAUUGUAAAACAUUUUAUAAAUUAGAAAGUAAAAAUAAAAAUAAAUAAUCGUAUAUAAACCGAAACCUCAACCUCAGUUUCAACCUCUUUCUAAGUCCCAAAGACAAAAACCCUAAAGAGUUUUGAUGUCAGGGAAACGUUUCAAUCCGUUGGAAGACCCGCCGAGUGCAUCAUCUAGCGACGAAGAUGACCAAGUAAAGACGGCUUCACUCGCAGGAGACUCUUCUUCGGAAGAAGAAACUGAUGAUGAGUCAUCCUUGAAGUCUGCUCCGGAGAAGCAUCAAGCUUCCGAUUCCGAUUCUGGGUCUGAUGAGAAGAAUCCAGGAACGAAGGAUUCAGCUGUGGUGAAGAAGAAUCAUGAUUCCAAAAAGGUGAAACCUUUAACAAAGAAGCGUUCUUUGAGUGAGAGAGAUGGAGCAGCCUCGAAGGAGGCCAAGAAGACCUAUUUCCAGCGAGUUUGGAGUGAGGAAGAUGAGAUUGCUGUUUUACAAGGUCUUAUUGAUUACAGAAACCAUACCGGGGCCAGUCCUUAUGAUGACACAAACGCGUUUUAUCUGUCUGUGAAGAAAUCUAUUAGCUUUGAUGUUAGUAAAACCCAAGUCAUAAAGAAGAUUUGGGGUUUGAAGACUAAGUAUGAGAACAAUCUUGGCAAAGGGGAGCUGACAUUUUCUAAACCUCAUGAUCGCAAGGCCUUUGAUUUGUCCAAGUUUGUUUGGGGAGCUGAUGGGGCGGCUUUGGAUUCAGCUGUCAAGUCCAAUGGGAAGUCUAAGAAGAGCAGUAAGUCUAAAGUCGAGCCCGAGAAGGUGGCUUUGGAUUCAGCUAAUGGGAAGUCGAAGAAGAGCAGUAAGUCGUCGUCCAAGAAAGUCGAGCCUGAGAAGCAAGAGCUAGCUUCUUCUUCUUCGCCCAAUGGUAAAAGCUGUGAAGAAGAGGCGAUGACUAAUAAAGGAGAAGCAUCGAGUGUUGUGGAAGUGGAUGCGUUUGAUAAGUCUGUUCUUGUUAAGGCACUAGCGCGUUUUGGUGUGGAUGAUCUUUCUGCUCAGCGAGGUUGGAGUAGGCUUGCCUUAGAGGAUAAGAAGAGAUUCGAGGAGGAGUGGAAAGUGUUGCAGCUUAGGGAGCUUGAGUUUUAUUCCAAGAAGAGUGGUUUCAUUCAUGAGGUGAUUACAAAGAUGGCUGAAUCAUUUCCACCAAACCCUUAAAGACAUAUAUGUUUUUGGUUCUGUCUCUUUUGCAUUGAACUCUGGCCUUUUUGUGUUUUUUUGUUCUUUCUAUUGAUUCUUUUAGAGUUCAUUUUGGAAUAUUUGCGGAUUUAUUAAUAUCAAUGAUUCAAGUUCUUAACUAAAAGUGAAGCUAUUUAAAUGUUA